AUGUCAAAUUCAACAGGUUUGAUUACUGGUUCUGUCAUCUAUUUUGCUCUUGUUUUUAUUAUUGGCGUCCCUCUCAGCCUUUACGUUAAAAAACACACCAAAGACCGCAGCCAAGCAAAAGAAAAUUUCAGUUUGACAUGGUCAUUAGUAGUAAUAGGAGUCAUUAUGAUGUGGCUGCUUUGGUUUUGUGCUUAUCUUCAUCAGAUGAACCCUCUAGUAACUCCGAAGCUAGAUUAA